UUAAGAAUGUGUUUGAUUUAUUGUUCUUCUUAUUAUUAUGAUUGAGUUAAAAAUAAUGAAAUAAUUCAUUAAAAUUAAUAAUUAAAAAAUGAUUAAUUUGUAAUUAAUUUUAUGGAUGCUUUUAGAGGUUUUAACUAGGGAGGACACAUUUUUUUAGUCCGAUUUUUUUAGUAGUCUUACCGAUCCGAUCCAUUUUGUUAUUACAAACAUGAAUUUGUGGAACUGAACAUUAUUACACAUCAUGACCGACAAGGCCGCACGUUGGCCUAGUGGUUAGCAUGUUGGCCACACAGUCAGGAGAUCGGGAAGAUCGGGUUUGAAUCUUUGUUGGGACAUCUCUGUGUGGAGUUUGCAUGUUCUCCCCGUGCGUGCCUGGUUUUCUCCUCCCACAUUCCAAAAACCUGCAUGCGACUCUAAAUUGUCCAUAGGUAUGAAUGUGAGUAUGAAUGGUUGUUUGUCUAUAUGUGCCCUGCCAUUGGCUGGCCACCAGUCCAAGGUGUACCCCGCCUCUCGCCCGAAGUCGGCUGGGAUAGGCUCCAACAUACCCACGGCCCUGGUGGGGAUAAUUGGCGUAGAAGAUGGAUGGAUCAUGACCGACAAUGUUGUUUGACUUUUGUAACAAUCCUCUGUGAGUCAGGUCCCUAAUCCAAUAAAAGUCCAUCCAAUAAAAGAUAAAACUGGGAAAAAUGGGCGUGCAAAGUACUUUUAGGGUAGGAUGAAUAAGUUGACAUGGUUCUAGAUCAAUUUGUGGUGUGAUUUAGAAUGUAUGACUUUUUUUUAAACAAAAUUUUCAACGCAAUAGUAAUUUAUUGACGCUCUCCAGUAUAAACAGCGGCACUUCCCGUGCACAGUGAGGGGGAACUACCGCUGUAGCUACGGAGCCGAAUAUCCAACGUCCAACGUGGAACGAACUUGACCACGGUACACCGCGGACAUGUCUGCAUGGUGGUGUUGUGUUUUCUUCUUCUUGUGGGCGGUGCGAGUCGGGUGGCAACCAUGUUGGAUUGUGGCCCAGAGUUACGGCAAUCGCAUCGGCCCGAUCUCAUUUUAUGCGAUCUGCAAAAUACAGUGGAUUGGCAGCCGAUCCCGAUCCUGAAGAUCGGAUCGGGACAUCCCUAGUUUUAACGACACACCCAGUAUACCUACAUAUUUCAUUGUACAGUGGCACCUCGGUAUUUUACUCAUUAGUUCCAAAAAAAACCCAAACAAGGCAAUUUUUAGCAGGAAAUAAUAGGAUACAUAAAAUCCAAAUCAUUUCCAGACACUCCAAAAUAUGAACAAAAUAUACAUUUUAUAGACGAUAAUUAUAGUUUUACAUGGAGAAAACAAUGCAAAAUAGUCAUAAAUGACGACUGAAAUCCAUUAAUGAACAUUUAACAUCACUUUGCAAGGAGGGGAUGGUAUCUUGGUACUGGGUUAUUUCUUGAAUUCAGUAGUGUGUCUCACCUUCUUUAGCAAAUAGCUGGCACUGGCAGCUUUCUUUGGCCCCAUGGCGGAUUAUUUCGCAGUCACACUCAAUAAAAAAUGCACUGACGGUGAGCCAGCAAAGCAGAGGGUGCUUUGUGGGAGCACUUGAUUCCACCCAAUGAUACUUAACAAGGCAAGUGGACUAGUUUGUUCCAGUUGGACUAGUUUGCAAAAACCGACACAGUGGACAAAACCUGAAACAUUUUUGUAGAAAACCGAAUUGUACUUAAACUGAGGACUGUGUUGACUGUGCUUUUAUUUUUGUAACAUCUUCAUUCGGAUCAUUAACUUUCUUGCUGAUGGGCUGGUAGAAAUCACAUGGUUCCACUGCUUUAUAAUUAAGGGUUUGGCAUCCGUUUUCGACUUCAAAUGACCAAAUAUGGUUCCUUGUGCUAUUAAGGGUUACUGCCGCAGUGGAAAUCUGAAGUACAGCAAAAACUAAAAAAAAAUAAUUCAGAGUUCCAGCCGUUGCGCUGGAUUGAAUUAGUGUAAUUGCGUUAGCGGUAAUACAGUCAGCGCCUGAUUGAUUGUCUGCUGCAGUGGGACAUGUCACUGGCUUCAUUUACUGGCAGCUCAAUUAGAAAGUCAGCUGUCUCGUUGCAAAAAGAAUGAAAAUCUGCUAUUAUUUAUAUGAAGGGUUAUGUUAUUUCAGGCUUAAACAUCAUCACGCAUGCUCGUAUGUGCAAAAAUAUGCAUUCAGAUAGGCUGCUGUUGUGUUUACCUGUUAGUGGUCAGUGCAGUCUGUCCAAGAAGGCGUGUGAUUGAGACACUUUUACGUCCAACGUGGUGUCACAUGCACAUACUCUCAGUGCAUCUCCAGUAACUGGACCGCUGGAGGUUUGGGACAGAAAUAAACACGCCCCCCCGGUCCUGCUCGUCCCUAAAGACACAUAUUGACACCCACACGUUGACGAUACAGUUGCAUGCGUUUACUGCAUUGUGCAAUCCAUCGUCUUCUAUCGGAGAUUUAUAGUGGUGACAUGGCGGGGCUGCUUUGUGGAACCAAGAGGAAGAAAGCAGUGAGUGACCUCCACGAGGAAGGCAAGAAUGCCAUCAACACUCCAAUGCUUCCCUCUGGGACAGACGUCCAUCCUGAGGACACUCUGCUAGAGGAGAACGCAGAGAGGAUCAUGCUGGACCCGACGUCGCGCGACAAUCCCAAACUGAAAGAUCUGCUGAAGGUUCUCAUUGACUGGAUCAACAGUGAGCUGGAGGAGGACAGGAUCAUCGUGAAAGACCUGGAGGAGGACUGCUAUGAUGGACAAGUGCUGCAGAAGUUAUUUGAGAAGUUGUCAGGCAAGAAGCUGAACGUGGCUGAGGUGACCCAGUCUGAGAUUGGCCAGAAGCAGAAGCUCCAGACGGUGCUGGAGGCGGUUAACCAACUGCUGCGCCCUCACGGCUGGUCCAUUGAGUGGAGCGUGGACUCCAUCCACUCCAAGAACCUGGUGGCCAUCGUCUACCUGCUGGUGGCGCUGGCCAUGCACUUCCAGGCGGCCAUCAGGCUGCCAGAGCACGUCUCCGUCAAGGUGGUGGUGGUGAAGAAGCGAGAGGGCAUCCUGCAGACUGCUCUGGUGAACAAGGAACUGACCAGCACCACAGAAAUGAUGAUGGGACGGUUUGAAAGAGAUGCUUUUGAUACGCUGCUGGAUCACGCGCCUGACAAGCUCAAUGUGGUGAAAACGUCCCUCAUCACCUUCGUCAACAAGCACCUGAACAAGUUGAACCUGGAAGUCACUGAGCUGGAAUCUCAGUUUGCUGAUGGAGUUUACCUCAUCUUGUUGAUGGGCCUGUUGGAGGACUACUUUGUGCCGCUCUACAACUUCUUCCUCACCCCAGAGAGCUUCGAGCAGAAGGUCCACAAUGUAGCGUUUGCCUUUGAGCUGAUGCAGGACGGCGGGCUGAAGAAACCCAAAGCCAGACCAGAAGACGUAGUCAACCUGAACCUGAAGUCCACCCUGAGAGUCCUCUACAACCUUUUCACCAACUACAAGAACUCUGAGUGACAACCUUUCUUAACACCCGUCGUUUGAAUGGGCGACUUUAAGAGACUUUACAGGAGGGGGGCCUUGGAGGGAUGCUCGUAAUGAAUCCUUCCUUGGAGCUCCAUUUAUUUAUUCCUUUCACGGAAGUUAAGCUCAGCCUGCCUCCGAGUUGCGCAGUAAGAGCAUUGAAAUGCGCAACCACGGCUGAAAAUGUUCACCAAGCCAAUGUGGAGUCCACCCGACUAGCUUAAAUGUUGCCAAGUGUUUUGUAGGAAGAUUAAAUGAAGAUUUGGAUGUCUUGUUUGAGAUUUCGCUUUCAUUAACGUCUUCAUUUCAUACAUACUGUAGCACCAUGUAGCGCAAGGUUAAAGUCAGUUAGCAUUAGCACAAAACUCACUUGUAAACAUGUUUUUACCGCAGUUAGCAUCACGUAGCUCUGGAGUGACAAACAAGUGGUGAUUAUUAGUUAUUUUUAUUGGAAUUACAGGUAGAACGAAGGGUGAAUGGCUAAAUUCAUCUGUUUAUGUUAGGCUAGUGGUUGGUGAUUGUGGCAGCUAGCUUUAGCAUUAGCUUUUCGCCUUUAAAAGCACGUUUUGACGCACUUUUCUGUAUGCUUACGUCGACAAUUUACAUUUCCGAGUGUUUUGAGGCAGUAGGACAGACGUUCAUGCUAAUAUUUACAGUGUUUAUUAGCUAGAGUCCAAAAAAAGCAAGAAUUGAACAUUUCACAAACUCACGUGAAGUUUUUCUUGCAACAAAUUUAAAUUACUGACAAGUUGAAUGAAUCACAAACCCUUUUCAUGCUUUUAAAAACACAACGCCAUCGUGUACAGUUGUCCGAUGCCAUGAAUUUCGCAGCUUCACAGUUUUUCAAAAUAAGCCUAUUAUAAGUUGAAAAAAACGUAUGGCCAUUUAAACAAAUUUGACGUGAUUAUUAUUGCAACAAAACAUCAUCAGUAAGGUCAAACUAAUCUGUCUCGUGACAAUCUAAUCCCAGUUUACGUUCCCUUUUGGAAAAUAUGGCUAUUUAAGCAAAUCUGACUCUUUUUUUUUUGCCUAAAUAAAUGUUUUCAAGCAUAAAAAUGUCCAACUGAAGUAAAACACAAAUAUAAGGCAUUCAGAAGACUCAUUGAAAGAUGAAUGAUGAUAUGUAGUGUUCUACUCUGGUCACUAGGUGUCAGUAAUGUUACAUUGAUGAGACAAUAGCCGGAAUGUUACAAAUGCUAACAUGUAUAGUCCAUAUUAUGUGCUUUAUAUGCCAUGUGUGUCUUAUAUUUCUAUGAUUGUGUCUGCUAUAUUAAGUAAUAGGAGUGUAAAGGGGACUAUAGAAGUGUUAUUUCAUGUCUAGAAGGCUCUAAUAAUGUUCAAACCCAUAUUUAAAAGGUGGUAAACAAGUUUUCUAGGCUCUAACUACAGCAAUAUUUCCUUUAUAAAUAAGGAAUCCUACUGGAAUCAGUUAACCGCGGUUUAAACAAGGGAGGACGUGCAGAGGAACCCCCACAAACAUGCUUCCAAAAGUCCAACAAAAAGUUCAAACCGAUGUUAAGCGUCCCGUCCAACACCUUUUUCUUUGGCUUCUUUGUGUGUCAUAUCAUGAGCGCCAUGAUAACCAUAGACCCACUCAUCAAACUUACACACGUACCGUAAAAGCUCUGUAAGCCACCAGCGGGUUUAAAAAACAAAACAAAAAAACCCCAAUGGCAUCAACAGCUGUGGCUGUAGGCAACCUCUUUGCAUUUGAGGUAAAUAAACUGCUGUAAACCAGAGCGUUUCCCGAUAAAUCCUCUUGAGAAUACGUGGUACGGUGUUUCGUGUCUCUGCACGAGAGGGUUAAGAACGUUUAAACGUGAUGUCAAACAUCGGCAGUCAUGAAUGUCCUUCCUAAAAGCCUGCCGCCUUUAGUGCAAGCGUUGCCUCCCCCCAGGUGGGCUCCUGCCGUCAGAGAGGCUGGCUAUCGACUGACCUUUCAGACGAGUCCCAGGAGGAGGCCCGGACCUCUCGCUAACCCCACUCCCCCCCUUAUUGAGUCAAAGCAAGAAAUAACCGCCGUGAAUCAAAGAGAGUAUUUGGAAUUCUGGGGUUUAUUUUAGACCUUUGUUGCUAUGGUAACCUUCCACAUCGCCUCUCUAAAUUACCCCUUCAUCUAACAGUCAGGUGGUCCAUUCCCCUCUUCUUUUCCCGUCCAUAUGUCUUGUUUUCUUCUUCAGAGUCUGCUUUUGGUGGACUUGAUUGAGGCAGCAGUGGAGGGAAGAUGCCACUAAUCCAUUCGGUCCAGCUUUGAGUGGUCCGGGACCCCCAAGUGUCACGUUUCUGCCCUAUGAUGAACUCUUUUGUUCGCCACCUUUAUUUCAGGAUUUAUUAGGAAUUCUUCAUUGUUAUUAUUAUUUUUUUUAGGAUUUGAUUGAUCAGUUAUUUAUUAUAUCCUACAUUUUAAAAAAUGUAUUAUUAGCUUUGUUAUUUAGAACGUGCACAUUCAUUUCGCUCAAACUAAAACCCGUUUUUUUCAUUUACCUCAUCUUUUUUUUUUCCCUUCGCUUUAUUCAGCUGUUCAUUUUGAAUUACCGAUCAUCGGGUCUUUGUAGGCCAUUUUGAAUCAAUGUGUUGAUUUAUUUUAUUCAAACUACAAUGUAUUUCAGCCAUUAAUCCAUAUUUAGUCAUAUUUGUAUGAAUUGUAUACAUUUAUUAUUCAUACUUCCUUAGUUUGCCUUCAUUAUGUUGUCGGUAUUUUACGUAAAGACAAAUUCAUUUUAGUCAUUGAUUUAUUUAUUUUUUGAAAUGUUAUUUUUAUGUCUUAAUUAUGUAUAUUUACAGUAUUACUACUUACUGCUUCAUUAUGUUAUUUGGAAUAUAUUUAUUUUAUACAAACUAAAGUGUUAUAUCUUAAUUGUAUAUGUUUAAUAUGAAUUUAUAGAUAUAUUUAUAUAUCAAUAUUAGUAAUAUUAUUAUUAUUAUUCGUCAUAUAUUCCAAUCCAAUCCACUUUCUUUAUACAGCACAUUUUAUAAACACUGUUUCCAAGGUGCUGCACCGACUAGUAAAACCAUAAAUAACAAGUAAAAGUACAAAACAAGAAGUAAAAAAAAAAAGGCAAAGGUAAAAAAAUAAGUACAUAAAAUAAAAUAAAAACUAAAAUAAAUAAAACCAAUUAAAACUAAAAAAGAAUAAAAGAUGACUCACGCCGAGUUAAAAGCCAGAGAUUUUGAUAUUAAUAUCUAAUAUAAUUAUACAAUAAAUUAUACAUUAUAUAGUUAUAUAUAUUACAUUAUAUUAUAAAUUAUAAUCCAUCCAUUUUCUAUACCCCUUCUCCUCAUGCUGGAGCCUAUCCCAGCCGACUUUGGGCGACAGGCGGGGUACACCCUGGACUGGUCGUCAGCCAAUCACAGUGUAAAUUAUAAUAUUUCAUCAAAUAAAUAUUACAUUAAAAUGUGACAUGUAAAAUUAUAUAAAAUAACAUCUAAAUAUCCAUUCAGUAGUAAUUAUUAAUUUCUGGGUUUAUGUAUUUUGUUAUUUUGAAAGUAUUUAUUUUAUGCAAGCUAACAUGUAAGUCGUCGAUUAAUUGUCAAAAUAUUAAUGGAUUUAUUAUGCUUAAUUGUAUAUGCUGUAUGUAUUAUUUUUAUAUUUAUUUCUCUAUUUUUAAUGUAUUUUUGCUCAAAGUGUUUUUUAAUUCAUUCAUUCAUUCAUGAUUAUUAAUAAGUGCAUUUAUCAAUUGCCCUUUUCGUGCAUUCAGUAUUAUUUCUUAAUGAAUUAUAAUUGCAUAUUAUGUCAAAUAAUUUUAACAUGUAAAACCACAAUUACUGAAUUUGUGUUUGUUUUUUUUACGUCAAAUUCCUGUUGUUCAUAUCUUAAGUGUAAAUAUUUCAUAUUUUUUAUUAAUGUAUUUAUUUCCGUAUUACGUUAUUUUGAGUGAAUUCAUUUUUUGCAACCUAAAAUGUAAGUCACUGAUUUAUUAUUUACUUAAAUGUAU